CUCACGAUGCUCUGGUAUUGCGCGGUAAUGAUUCACAUUCCCAAGUAAUAAUGUUAGUUGAUCGCAUUCUCGCUUCCCACUAGAAGUAUCCGAGAACCUAGCGUUUAGUUGUUUUCCUGGUACAUGGCGUAUGCUCUCUGUAGCGUACUAGCGUCCACCGAUCAUUUUCUUUGCGACGACAGCGCUUGGCACCUGUCUGCAAGGACGUUAGGUGUGUCGGGCAGCACCAAGGAAUGGUCCGUGGCUUCCCCAUGACUCACUGAGUUCGUAGUGGAUCGCCCUGCGCAGGUGCAGUGACCGUUGCAAAACCAAAGUGGCGAGACGCAGCGUUCGGCGGCAACCAUGAAGUCGAUGUUCGCGAUGACACCCGUAGAGGGUGUGCCCAUGACUGUCAAAUGGCAGAAGUCAACGUCCAAUCUCCUUAGUGCGGCCGGGUACACUCAGUAUGUCUAUCUCUAUGAUCGCAAUGGAGCCAUGUUUGAGAUGAUCAACCUUGAACGGCCGUGUAUCAGCUUUGAUUGGGAACGCACCGGAACCAGCCUGGCGAUCUUGGAAGACAGAAGCAACUUUGUGUUGAUUUGGGACAGCCACUCCAGGUCAAGUCGAAGAAUCGAUUUUGGCUUGAAGGACAGUGGCGUGGUGCUGAGCUACUCCAAGACGAAUGGCAUGCUGGCUGUGGGAACUGCCAAGGGUAACCUGAUACUGAUAGACAGAAAUGCGGUGUCACCUCUCAUUGGUAGACAUUACAAGGCAGUGACGAUGGUUGCCUGGAGCAGCAAGGAUAAUCUCGUGGCAACGUAUGGUGAUGAUCAUCGCGUGAUUGUAACGGACACCUCAUCUAACCCAAUCUUUUCGAUUGAUGUCAAGCACGAACUGACCCAACUUGACUUUGAUCAAAUAUGCUCGAAAGCGCUUGAAGGACGAGGAAUGCCCGCCUGGCGAUAUGUCACUGCUGUCGGCAGAGGGAAGACUUUGGUCAUAAUGGACACCCAAAGCCAAGAUCAGUCACGUGUAGACAUGAAUUUCAAGCCGGAUUAUGGCGCAAUAUCGACAUACGUACGGUACAACGAGAAUUACUGCCUUCUAGGCUUUGCUAACGGCAUCCUAGUGGGCCAAUCGCUUGGUUCUGAGGAUGGCCAGGAUCCCACGUGUUUCCAAGAACUUUUUGUAGGAAAGGAAUUUGGAAGUGCUAUCACCUGUCUUGCCGUUGCCCCUAAUUGUGGCCGAGUUGCUUGUGCCGGAGAGAGCAGCAUCAAGAUACACUCCAUGAGGAAUGUGUCCUAUAUCAUCAAUGUACUGGAUGUGCCCGAGGGCCACAAUAAGAUGGCAUCGCUGGGGUGGAGCGCAGAUGAGCAACUCCUGGCAGUCAGCCUGAAGACUGGUGAGGUCAUCGUCUACUUAGCUCAGCUUCCUGUGGUCGGUGCUUGCUAUGGUGAUGCGGCUGUGUACUUGUCAAACCUGAGGGAGCUCUCUCUCAAAUUUGCUCCCGAUGUGGAUGCGAUUCCAUCGCAAGUCUUGGGCGAGACGCAGAUUCUGGCCAUGGGUCCGUACCACAUUGCGGCAGUGGCCAACUCCUCCGUCACCUUCUACAGCGUGACUGAGCAGGGUCUUGAUAGUCUAUGUGUGACAGAGCUGUCCAGCACCAUAACCAGUGCUUGCAUUGGUGAAGACUACGCAGCACUGCUAAUGGAGAGUGGCAAGCUGCAGUUGAUUAUGAUUGACAGCGACGGGUCUGGUCGUGAGCGGGAGCAAGUACAGUUUCCGAAGAAGGGCGUGAAAGAGAGCAUCACAUGCUGUGAUAUGAAGGCUGGCUUCCUCGUGUAUGGUGCAACGAGUGGUGAGAUUUCAGCAUUCUUUGUGGAAGACUGGAGCAAUGUGUAUGAGUACACUCACAAAUCUGCCAUCACCCAGCUGUACUUGUCCCCGUGUGGCCUGAAUGUUUGCUUUGUGGACGCUGAAAGCUCAGUCCAUUGUCUGAAGAUGACAACCGAUACAUGUCUGACUGUGAAGACGUCCGCUGACACCAGGGCCACUGGCAUAGUGAGCAUUACCUGGGAGACUAUGGAGCAGCAUCAGGACACGUUUGUUGUCUGGGACCAGAAAAGCAAGGGAACAACUCACAUCGUCAAUUUCAACACAAUUCGAGAGCCGGACAUUAUGUCCUUGGAUGAAGUUCACACGCUUCCCAGCAGCUAUGUUCCACUACGCUUACACGAUGGAGUUGUGAUGUGCCUAAGUGACAUGAAUAAGAUCACGUACGAACGUCUGGAGUCGCAUUCUCUGCUGAACCCGUCGUUUGCAGAUACAUCAGACCCAGCACUGAUGGAAAAGAUAAUGGAGAGAGCAUUGACUCUGAAUAGGCUGGAUGAUGCAUGGAACGUGGCCGUCCGUCUUGACUCGAACAACGGCUAUGAACGCGUGGCCUGGGCAGCUAUGGUCAUGAUGGACCUUGACAUGGCAUUGCGCUGCUACCGUCGAGUCAAGUCACCACACCGAGUCAUGGCACUGGAGAAACUUCAGCUUGUUGAUGACAUACAAAGCCUGAAGGGCUUUCUCUUGGUGCAGCUGCAGGAAAUCGACCCUGCACAGAUGUUCUUCUUGAAGUCGAGCUAUCCACUGGAAGCACUCGAGCUACGCAAGGAUCUUGGCCAUUGGGAUCAAGCUCUGCAGCUAGCCAAAACACUGGCGCCUGAGCAAGUGCCGCUGGUCUCCAGAGAGGUUGCACGGGACAUGGAAUUACGUGCUGACUACGCCAAUGCUCUGUAUCACUAUGAGCGAAGUCUCACAAAGAACACUGAGCAAAGAGAGCACAAUGAAAAGUGCCGCAGCGGCAUUGCUCGCACGGCGCUUCGUCUCGGAGAGAUCAGGAAAGGCACAUCUAUGGCAAACGAGGUGGGCGAUGCCAAGCUAUACAAAGAGUGUGCGUCAAUCCUGGAAGGAAUGAAGCUAUUUGCAGAGGCGGCUCUAUUCUAUGAGCAGGCCGAGGUGUGGGAGAAGUCCGUUACUUUCUAUCUACGGGCAAAGAAUUGGUCCAAGGCAACAAGCCUGAUAGACCGUGUCAGCUCAGCAAAGGUGCAGUCACUGUAUGCCAAGGCAAUGCAUGCUAACAGCCAGUACAAACCUGCUGCUAAGGCGUACAUCAAGGCAAAGGACUACGUGGCUGCUAUUCGGGUCUAUCUGGAUGACUUGAAUGAUCCAGAAUCCGCUGUCAGAAUCGUACCUGAUGCGUCAUCAACGGAGGCGGCUUCCUUAGUGGCCAAGUACUUUUUGAAGCUGGACGAGUAUGGAUCUGCCAUUCACUUCUUGAUAAUUUCCAAGCGCACGGAGGAGGCAUUCCAAUUGGCCAAGAAACAUAACCAGAUGGAAGAGUUUGCCGAUAUCAUUGGUAAUGAUGGCUCCAAGGAAGAGUACCGAGGGAUUGCGCAACAUUUCCAAACACGCGGAAAACCAGUGCAGGCUGGCAAGUUCUGGAAACUGGCUGAGGACUAUCAGAAUGCUCUUCAGCAGUACUUCACCGCUCCGCUUGAUCAACUGGAUGAAGCCGUUGAGGGCACCAUUGACGUGGCAAGUAAAUCCAAGUCUGAUCAUGUGCUGAAGCAAGUCAUUAGCUAUUUGAUGGGCGAGAAAGAUCAACAGCCUAAGGAUGCUAGGUACCUGUUCAAGUUGUACAUGGCACUGGAACAAUACAACGAUGCUGCGCACACCGCCAUCAUUAUUGCGCGUGAAGAUCAAUCAUCAGGCAACUACCGUGUAGCGCAUGACAUGCUCUACCGCAUGUCCAAUGAACUGAAGGAGCACGGAAUCAAGCCGAAAGCGGAUAUGUCCGAAGAACUGCUAAUCUUGCAUAGCUACAUGAUGGCAAAGUAUUUUGUCAAGCAAGGCAACCACCUGAUGGCUUCUUUCCUUCUCUCCCGCGUUGCCAACAACAUCAGCCGAUUUCCAGCGCACACUGUUCAGAUACUGACAUCGACUGUGGUGGAGUCGUUCCGUGCCGGGCGGCGCAACACGGCUUUCAACAUCGCCAUCAUGCUCAUGAAACCAGAGUACCGCAGUCAGAUUGAUGCCAAGUACAAAGAAAAAAUCGAGCGCAUGGUUAGGCGUCCAGACAAGAGCGAAGUGGAUGAACCAGCCACGCCAUGUCCCUACUGUAAAAGUGAUGUAGAGAUGAUGCGCCUGGACUGUGCGCACUGCAAGAAUCUCUUACCAUACUGCAUCGUGACUGGACGGCACAUGCUGGCAGAGGACUGGUCAGAGUGCCCAUCCUGCAAGUUCCCGGCACUGUACAGCGAAUUUAUCAAAGUACUGAGCAGCACUGGUGAUUCAACACCGUGCUUCAUGUGUGGAGCAGGUCUAGAGCCUGACAGCAUCUCACUGGUUGAUGAUCCCAGCGAGCGGCUCCAGGAAAUGACUGCCAAGUGAACAGUGGAGAGAGAGAGAGAGAGAGAGAGAGAGAGAGAGAGAGAGAGAGAGAGAGAGAGAGAGAGAGAGAGAGAGAGAGAGAGAGAGAGACUGCUGUUCGUUCAGACGUAGCACUAAAAUAGCUACGUCACUGCCCCUAACCCAACGAGUAGUCACUUAGAUACCGCGCAGACCUGCCCGUGUUGUACGUAUUGUACAACACGGGCGCAUACAGUAGACGAAAGAAACCAAUGCAAUUGUCAUGGAUUUUCAUUUAAGUUUCUGGGGAUGUAGAAAUUGUAGAAGUGUUUUCAUGGUCAAAACGUUCUUGGUAUGUACAGAGCUGUCAUGAGAGUAACGUAAUGUAAGCUCAAUAUUUUUAUCAACAUAAGUAUCAUGUUCAUAUCUUAGACAUUGGAGAGAGACCAUAUUUUUAAUAGUGCUAUAUCGUGCAGCAAACUUAAUACCCUGGAUGUCUCUGGUAGCAAGCUAAGAGUGAUUAUUGUUUUCAUAUGGCUGCUGCUUUUCAUAUAUCGUUCUCUGUAAGUUCGCCUGGCUUUCUUUAUUGCGGUUCUGCAAGUAAUGUCGGGAUUCGUGUGAGACUAAGUACAGAUGAUA